AUGGCAGCAAACCAAGGCAAAGGCACACUUUAUACAUUUCCCGGUAAUUUUCGUGCUUAUAAAGCUCAAAUUGCAGCUCAAUACAGCGGAGCACAAUUAACAAUUGCUGGUAAUGAUAAAUUCAAAAUGAAUGACACCAACCGAUCGCAAGAAUACCUUGAAAAGUUUCCAACAGGCAAAGUUCCGGCUUAUGAGAAUGAUGCCGGUGUUCAAUUAUUUGAAUCCAAUGCUAUUGCUCAUUUUCUUUCAAAUGAACAACUUCGCGGUAAAACACCUGCAGAACAAGCUCAAGUUCUUCAAUGGAUUGAAUAUGGUGAACGAGAAAUCAAUCCUGCAUCAGCUACAUUGGUGUAUCCAUGCAUGGGCAUCAUGCAGUUCAACAAACAAAACCACGAACGUGCUAAAGAUGAAUUAAACCAUAUCUUACAAUUAUUGAACAACUAUCUUCACACCCGAACAUAUCUUGUUGGUGAACGUAUUACUUUAGCCGAUAUCGCCGUUGCUUGUGAUUUAUUAUUACUCUUUCAAUGGAUCGUCGAACCAAGCUUACGUGAACCAUAUCCACAUACUACUCGUUGGUUCUUGACAUUGAUCAACCAAAAGGAAUUUCAAGCUGUUCUUGGCAACGACUACAAAUUAUGCGAAAAAACAGCACAAUUUGAUGCCAAGAAAUAUGCUGAAGUUUCUCGUCAAGCACAACCAGCCCAAGCACAAGGACGAGCCAAGAACGUUUCACAAUCCACCGAUGAUGGUAAAGCUGACAAGAAGAAAGCUAAGGAAGAAAAACCAGCCAAGGAAGCUCCAAAACCGGCUAAGAAAGAAAAAGCUGCUGAAGCUAACGAUGAAGAAGAAGAAGAUGAUAUUCUUGCCAAUGAACCAAAACAAAAGGAUCCAUUCGCUGAUAUGCCAAAAACAUCACUCAAUAUGGAUGAAUUCAAACGUGUUUAUUCUAAUGAAGAUACAGCUACAAAAGCAAUUCCAUAUUUCUGGCAACAUUUCGACAAAGAAAAUUGUUCAAUCUGGUUUUGCGAAUACAAAUAUCCCGAAGAUUUAACUCAAGUCUUCAUGACCUGUAACUUAGUAUCGGGAUUCUUUCAACGUUUGGACAAAUUACGUAAACAUGCAUUUGCCAGCAUGUGUGUUUUUGGUGAAAACAACAACAAUACAAUUGCUGGAAUCUGGGUUUGGCGUGGUCAUGAACUUGCCUUCGAGCUUUCACCUGAUUGGAAAGUUGAUUACGAAUCUUAUACAUGGAAAAAAUUAUCAGCUGAUGAUGAAUCAACUAAACAAUUAGUUAAUCAAUACUUCCUUUGGGAAGGCGAACACAACGGUAAAAAAUUUAACCAAGGCAAAAUCUUCAAAUAA